AUGGGCGUGGAAAAGUUGAAAAAUUUUAUGCAACUGGAAGACGUCUUUGAUGUUAAGUCGUUCAUAGCCAUAGGAAGGAGGAAUUCUGAAGCCUCCCCCGCAGAGAAGUAUAGGGGCACACUUUUGGGGUUCUUCAAAAAGCUGAAAGAACUUCCGACGAAGUACGACCUGCACGCAGCUGCGCAGUAUAUAGUCCCGAAGGAGAUACUCCCGCACUCUCCGGAGUACUCGAAGGAAACGGUCUUUCCCAGGGCGAGGAUCCUCCCACAGGAUGCCCGCAUGACGAAGUGGGAGGCUUUUGCUGCGAGAAAGGGGAUCCGGAGGAACAAGAACAAGUCAGGGGGGCGGACGUACGAUGAAGUCACGCGGGAGCACGUCCCCUCGUUUGGAAGAGGCAGCAAGAACGAUCUGGACAGAAACUGGCUCAUCGAGAUAAAGGACCACGAGGAUCCGAUGGUGGACAGACACUCCGAGCUGAAGGAGCAGAAGAGGAGAAACAAGAAAAACCAGGCCAUGAAGGAGUACAGGAACUUAAAGAGAACCGACAGGAUAAGCCACUUCCAGAGGCGGGAUACCGCAGGGCAGUGA